AUGAAAGUUGACCAGGAAUUGUCUGAACUAACGUCUUUAAUACUUAUUUGUUGUUUUCAAUUACACUUUAUUGGAAAAUUGAUAUGUCCAAUUUGGAGAAUAUUUUUCGAUAACCAUCUGUCUAUGGUACUGACUAAGCUUGAAACAAUUCAUGAAAAAUUGAUACGGCUGAAAGUGGUCGGCCCGAUAAAAAUGAAAAUGAAUUGGUUUUUUAUUAUUGGAAUUAUUGUCAAUGUUAUAGCUUAUGUUAUAUCUCCGCUCGUAUGGGUAAUAAUUCAAACCCGAUUUAAUCAAAAAUUAAUGGUAAUAAAAAUUAUGGUAAUCAUUACAUCUAAUAAUAUGUCAAGCAUUAUGUUGGUUUUAAAAUUUUGCCAAUCCGUUGCGUUUAACGAAUAUGUACUACUAAUAUCAUACAUAAAGUGGCUGGUCUACAUGAUAAAUGAACAAAUUCCGGAAAGAAGAUCAUGCUUAAGUACAUUGAGAGACAUGUAUUUGGAUGUUAUAGAAUGCUUACAACAAGUCAAUAGAUCAAUAUAUGGUUUCCCGGCUAUUGUUAUUUUUAUUGCAUCAAAUAUCAGUGAUAUUAUUACUAAUAUAUACACUUCCGUAUUAUUUCCUAGAGACUAUAUCAAUAAUCCUCAUUUGGUACUUUCUUCCAUAAGCUUGUUAAUGAAUGCAGUCAAUCUUCUAGUAUUAUGCAUAAUCGGUCAAACCACGGAAAAAGAG